AAAUAUUAAAUUUUAAGAUAAAAAAAGAAAGAAGAACAAAUAGCCUUAAUAACAUUCCAGAUCUGAAACGGAACCUCUUUUUCAGAUUUUAUGAAACUCAAAUCUCUUCAACCUUUCUAAUUCUUCAUAUCCAUCACGCCAAAUCACAAUACCCUUCAGGUAAUUCCGCGCUUUUGUCUUUAAGCUGAAUUUGUUUGUUCUUCUCCCUUGAACACUUUUCAUUGGGGUUACGACCCACUAAGCUGGAGUUCCACACUAAGUUAGUUUCUUCAUCAUGUUCAUCCGUUAUCUCUGAUUAGGAAUACCCAUGUAGCCAAUUUCACAACUUGUGGGUUUUAGUUAGAUUUUUCAAGGGUUUGAUUCUAGGGUUAUUUUUGCAAAUUUAGGGUUUUCGGAUACUUAGGCUCAGGUGAGAUCUUUGUGAAGCGGUGUUUGGAAAAAGUUUUGGUUUUGAGAUUUAUGAGAUAUUAAUUGUGGAAGGAGGGAGGAAGAAAGAUGGUUGGUGAGAAGUUGUGUGUGAGCGAAGAAGACAAGGGUGUGUUGGAAUCUGUGUUGGGUGCAGAGGCUGUUGCCUUCUUUAUUUCAGCACUUUCCAAUAAUGUCUUCUCCGGCGUGGUUGCUCCGUCGGCCGGCGCCGAUGUGGGGCUCCGCCACCGGCUAAGCCAGCUUGUUGAGGGUUCCAAGUGGAACUAUGCUGUGUUUUGGCAGGUUGCUGGCUUGAAAUCUGGUGGUUCUGCCUUGGUUUGGGGUGAUGGGCAUUGCAGUGAUGCCAAAGGGGAGAGGAAUGGAGUUGGGAAGGAGGAUGAGCAGGAAGUGAGAAAGAAGGUGCUGCAGAAGCUUGAUGCCUGCUUUGCGGGGUUUGUGUCAAAAGAGGCCAAUUAUGCAAGAUUGGAUAAGGUGUCUGAUUUGCUCAUGUUUUACUUAACCUCAAUGUGUUAUAUAUUUGGUUUUGAUUUGCCGUGUGGCCCCGGCAGUUCGUUCAAGUCUGGUAAAGUGAUUUGGGCUUCUGAUGCUGCUGGCUGUUUGAACCAAUUAGAAUCUAGAUCAUUUCUAGGGAAAUUGGCUGGUCUUCAAACUGUUGUCUUUGUUCCUUUGAAAACGGGGGUGGUUGAGCUCGGUUCGCCUGAAAUGUUGCCUGAAGAGCAGGGUGUUGUGGAGAUGGUCAGGACUGCAUUUGGGGAAUCCAGUCCGGGACAAGCGAAGGUGUUUCCGAAGAUUUUUGGGCAUGAAUUAAGCCUGGGGGAUACAAAAUCUCAGUCCAUAACUAUUAGUUUCUCCCCAAAGGUGGAAGAUGAUCCUGGUUUCACUUCGGACUCCUAUGAAGUUCAAGCACUAGGGGUGAACCAUGGUUAUGGAAAUUCUUCCAAUGGGACUUUAGGUGACAGCAAUGAAGGGAAAAUGUUCCCUCAAUUGAAUCAAAUGAUGGCUGGGAAUUUCAAUGCUCCAGGAAGGGGUCCUUGUCUAGAUCUUGGUAAUGAAGACUCAUCCUCAAUUCAUGCAGAUGAGAGGAAGCCCAGAAAAAGAGGUAGAAAGCCUGCCAAUGGGAGAGAGGAACCACUAAACCAUGUUGAAGCAGAGAGACAAAGACGCGAGAAGCUUAACCAGAGGUUUUAUGCGUUGAGAGCGGUUGUCCCUAACAUAUCUAAAAUGGACAAGGCAUCUUUGCUUGGUGAUGCCAUUACCUUUAUCACUGAUCUCCAGAUGAAGAUCAAGGUGUUGGAAGCUGAGAAGAACAUGAUUAACAAUAAGGACCAGAAGUUGUCAUUGCCAGAUAUGGAUUUUCAUGAUAGAGAGGAUGACACAGUUAUGACAGUGAGAUGCCCGUUAGAGAUUCACCCUGUUUCUGGUGUGGUUAAAACGUUCAGGGAGCAUCAAAUUGUGGCUCAAGACUCCAGUGUUUCCACUACAGACGAUAAAAUAAUUCAUACAUUCUCCAUAAGAACUGAGGGAGGGGAGGCUGCUGCUAUACAGUUGAAAGAAAAGCUUGAAGAAUCCCUUUCCAAAAAUUGACGGUCAGAACAUAUUUAUGUAGAGCAUGUCGAUGCUAUUGUAAACCAUGUUAGAAAUACUCUACGUUUGUCUUGUAGGCUAACUUGUGAUUGUUCUUAGCUUACUUUUUUUGUUACUUGUAAUUUAUGUUUUAAAAUAUGUUCAGGUCAUCAAUAGCCUGAAUUAUGUACUUAAGUUGAUUAAUAGUUGAUGUUGAUGCAUAAUAUAAGUUGAACUAUAUUUAAUCUA